GAGGGGUUCAUAAAAGAGGAGAUGCGACUUGGUUAUCUGGAACGACUGCUGCAUUCAUUUCUAAACUUAAUUUUAAAUUGAAUCCUACAAAGAUGUCUUGUUUUCGAAAGUCUCCUGUGGAAAACGUGAUUUCAGACCAGGUUCCGUGUUACACGUCAGCUGACUACCCGAAUACCCGAUUGCUGGAUAAAAAGAAACACCCUGAUUUGUCCAUGGUGGCAAUCCAGCCAUCAAUUAGCAUUGAUGAAGUAUGGCUAGAAGUGCGAGCACUUGAACACCCCAAAUUUGCAUCGUCACGGUACCGCAAAGUCGGGAAGACAAUUGAGCCUGUCAUAGAUUUUUUAACUAGGUUUGCACCUGUGGUCGACAUGAUGGUUCAGGGAAGUAGCAGUGCUUCUCUGAUAUGGGGUUCGUUGAAAGCUGUUUUGAUGGUUGCUCAGACGUCGGCAAGCUAUUUUCGUUACAUCGAUAAUGCGAUGCUGAAGCUUAAUGACACACUUUCGAUUUCCAGUCAGUAUGAAAAAAUGUUCGCGACUGAAAGGCGUGUGAGAACUGCGUUGUUAAAUUUAUAUGAUGAGAUUUAUCUCUUUCUGGAAAAAAUUAGAAAGGCGGUUUCUGCUAGCUGUUGGUGAAGUCUCCUUACUCCAUCUAUAUUGUUCUGACAAAGUUCUAGCGUUCAAGAUAUUUAUUAAAAAUGUGAAGAAAUCCUUCGAUAUGGAGUUCAGAGAUAACUUAGAACAUAUUGAAAGAUAUACUCGAGUUUUCAAUGAUGAAAUUACUCUGGCACAUCGAGCUCGGAUUGAUUCUUCAACUAAGCAAAUUCAAGAAAUGGUGGGAGUUAUUGCAUUAGACAAUGCAGAUAUGGUAAACAGAGCAGAUAAUAGAGAUUCAUAUGGUGAGUAUUUCCAUAUGCUAUACCAAUGCAAACCUUAUACAUUGCCAUAUUGACGGAUAGAAAAUAGACACAAAGGAUGCAAUAUUAAAAUGGUUAACUCAGGUUGAUACAAGAGAGGACUAUUACCGAGCUCUUAGUAUACACUCACCAGGAACUGGAGUAUGGAUACGAGAUGACCCAAGGUUCAAGAACUGGAGAGACUGCUCCAAGUUAUCUCACGGCUAUUCAACUUUAUGGGUCCAUGGACGACCAGGAUUUGGCAAGACCGUGCUGAGCGCCGUUACCAUCGAACAUCUUGAAAAGAUAUCGGAAGAGAAGAAAAACUGUAAAGUCGCUUAUUUUUAUUGCGAUUUUGGAGAUACUCGAAAACGAACGACCGUAAAUAUCUUGGGCUCGAUCUUGGCACAAUUAAUCAUGUCGAUGCAGCAAUUUCCGAUCGAGGUUUACGAAGCUUACCACCGAGCGAAAAAGUAUGGAAGACAGCACUUUUCUACUGCGGAUGACAUCCUCUCGGUCAUUAAGCACGCCGUGGCGGAUAUCCCAUUAUCUUACAUUGUUUUAGAUGGAAUAGACGAAUGUAGCGACCCCACCAGCAUUACAGAAUCAUUUUCGGAUAUAGCAAAAAACAACUCAAACGUUAAACUCAUUUUAUUUUCUAGGAAUCUUCCUACUAUAGCUCAUGGGCUUGAGAGAGCUCCCUACGAAAUGAUAGAGCUGGAGCCUACUUUGACACAGCCUGACAUCGACAAAUUUCUCACCAAGUCGUUAAAAAAGUUACAAGACAAAGGUACCGAUGCACCAGAUCAAGCUUUUUGCAAAUUAUCCAAUGCCUCCUGUGGCAUGUUUCUUUACGCUUCUUUGGGAGUCCAAAAUCUAGCUGAAGCCAUCGAUUCCAAGAGUAUUGUGGAUGCUAUUGAUAAAAUUCCAGAGGGACUCAAUGGCGUUUAUGGACAAAUACUCGAGAGGCUAGAUUUGCAAAGUAUUCGACGACGUAACCUUGCUCGAAGAAUUCUCUUGUGGGUCUGCUGCACAACACGACCAUUGUCGUGGAAAGAACUCCAAUAUGCUCUAUCUUGGGAUGAGAUCAAUGAAGAGUUUAUGGAAGAUCAACUCCCUUUUAAAGAUGUUGUUCUUGAUCUAUGCGCUCCGUUGAUCGAGUACCGACCAGAAAAAGAUACUUUUCACCCGGUUCAUCUUUCUGUACGCGAAUUCUUAUAUACACCCAACAGCUUCAACUCCAUGUCUGCGAAAGCCACCCAAUUCCUGAUGACAGAGUCUCAAGCUCAUCAAACUAUUGCUGAGGUGACAUUAGCCAGUCUUGCACUACCAGAUGUGGUACAUAAAACAAGCGUUGAUAAUCUUCAAUAUCCAUUGGUGAGAUAUUCAACCGAGAAUUGGUGCCAUCAUCUAUCCUCAGCAUCAUUUGACGAACGACUGGGUCAGAAACACGACAGCUUUGUAGCUUCACCACUCGCUAGAUCAACAUGGAUUCUUCGUUUUCUUGUUUCAAACAAACAAUCAUAUCCCCUACAGCGAAUAGCCAAAUAUCAGAAACAAGUUAGUGACUGGAAGCUUCAAAAAGAAAGAACAAAGACCACUUUUGCGGCAGAAGAUCUAGCUGAUAUACAAAGGGCGUUGAUUGGACUGGAUCAACUAGAUUUGGGCCAGGCAGAAUCUGUCUCAAAUUUUGAACGCGAUUUAAUUGUCCGGGACUUGGCACGAGCUUUCACGAUGGCUGGAAAGGUAGAUCAAGCCAUCGAUUUAUUCGAAAAGGCUCUUACUGAGGGACUCCAAGGAUCUCCUUUACCAGAAUCAGUCCGCACAACCUGGCUUCUGAAUAGCCUUGGGAUAAUGUACGAUCAGAAGAAUCUGACUGAUCUUGCUUUGAAGACUCAAAUGAAAGCUCUGUCAAUCCAAGAAAAGUCUCUUCCGUCUAAUCAUCUAGACCUAGCAUUAACUCUGAAUGAAAUGGGUCGAGAAACAAGACAUCUUGAGAGGUACUCAGAGUCCGAACAAUAUCAUCUCCGUGCUCUAGAUAUUUUACGACAAUCUCUUCCCGAAACAGACUUACAGAUAAUCUGGACCCUCAACACUCUUGCACGCUGCUAUCGAUUCCAAGGUCGCUAUCCAGAAGCACUCAAUCUCCAUCAACUUGCGCUAAAAGGCCAAAUCACACUUAUGGGAGAAGACCAUCCACAUCCAUUACGCACGAGAUCUGAUAUCGCAAAAAUACUCAAAGCAGAAGGAAAAUACAAAGAAGCCUUGGAAAUUAUGGAAGAUAUUUAUGAGAGGAGAGUUAAGGUGUUGGGUAAGGAUAAUCCGGAUACUUUGUGGACGAUGAAUGAUAUAGGGGCUGUGUGGGAGGAGUUGGGUAUCCAUAUUGGAAGUGUGGAGGGGAGGAAAAAGGCUAUUUUGUGGCAUGAAAGGGCCUUGGAAUUGCAAGAGAGGGUGUUGGGAAAAGAACAUCCGCAUGCGGUCUGGAGUCGUAGAGUUUUGGAGAGGCUGAGGGAAGGAAGAAAUGAGUGAUGUGAAUUUACUUUUUGUUAUUGAAUUUGGGUGCUGACUCUGGUAAUCAUGAGUUAUGGUAUGAUGCAUUUAGAAUAUACUAUCGGGAGUUGUUAUUUGGGACGAUUUUCUACAUGAGGCGAAAUAAAGGCAAUGUUUUGGAUAUCAUAUUCUAUUUCCCAACGAUAUUAUCUUUUGUUUUCUGUAUUAUUUACAUUGCGUAAUACCAAUCGCUAUGAUUUAGUUUUAUUACUUA